AGUUAUUCUGGUAUGCAUAAGGUGUCAUUACAACAACGGUACCCUUGCAAAAAUUUUAUGAUUGAUCUAAUUAAUGUGUAACUGAAAAUGUCUAUAACCGAUGAAAAACCAGUAACCCUCGAGAAGAUGGGAUUAAAAAACAAUCAUAUUUUAACUGUACUUCUUAUUUCAUUUGCUAUACCACUGUCGAUGUCGAUGUGGAUUAUAAAUAUAAUUUAUUCCAAACUAGUGUUAAACAACGAGGGAUUGGAUGAACCAGUUAUAAUAUCGCCAGCGAGGUGGUUAGCUGCCUGCUUAAUACCUAUUCCUAUUGCAGUGUCAGGUUACAGAAAAAAAAGUAUUAAUUUAAGUGGAGCACUGUUAGGGCUAGUUGUAGCCUUUCUGUUGACUUUGUCUAACUAUUGCUUUUUGGUUGACUUAAUAGUUUUUUUUUUGUCAUCUUCUAAAGCAACUCGUUUUAGACCUCAUUUAAAACGUAAGAUUGAAAAAGACUUUAAAGAAGGUGGUCAAAGAAAUUGGGUUCAAGUACUUUGUAAUGGUGGUAUGGCAACUCAACUAGCACUACUGCAUUUAUUAGAUGUCGGUGCGACAGAGCGACCAAUUGAUUUCGUACAUAACUAUAGAGCUUCUUGGCUCAGUGUUGGUGUACUAGGUGCUUUUGCUUGCUGUAAUGGUGAUACCUGGGCCUCAGAAUUGGGGACGGUGUUAAGUACAUCUGAUCCAGUCCUUGUAACAUCAUGGAAAAAAGUGCCCAAAGGAACAAAUGGAGGAAUUACUCUCAUUGGAACAAUCUUUAGUACUCUUGGAGGACUUUUGAUUGGAUUAUCUCACUAUAUAACUAUUCUGUACUUUGCAGACAGAGCCUUAUUGUCAUAUGCGCCUCCACAGUGGCCUGUCAUAUUGUAUGGUGGCUUGGCUGGUUUUUUAGGCAGCUUUAUUGAUUCUAUACUUGGUGCAACACUCCAAUAUUCUGGUUUAGAUAAGGAUGGAAAAAUUGUAUCAUAUUCAAGUUUAGCAGUAAAACAUAUUAGUGGAAGAAAUAUAAUGGACAAUCAUAGCGUCAACUUACUUUCAACUAUAAUAAUAGGACUAUUAAUGCCUACUAUUGUUAAAAAUUUAUAGUUUUUACAAAAAUGUUAUAUAAUAUGUUUACUUAAUUCAAUUAUUAUUUAUUUGGGUUUCACAAAAUUGCACGUAUCUACCAUUUUCAUAGUCACUGUACAUUUCUAUUUUUUUAUAACUUACUUAUCAAAGAGUUUCUGAGUAGGUACUUAUAAUAAAUAUUUAAAAAUAAUGAAUUUAUAUUAAAAAAAAUUGUAAGUUUUUACAAAAUAUUUUUGUCAGUCAGUGUACUUAAUUUUUUGUGACUAAUUAAAUUACUGCUUUGCUCAGUGCAAUAUGUAAUGAGACAAGUCAAGGUUAAUAAACAAGAUAAACUAUAUCUCCAGAGGUUAAAAUGACAACUGCAUAUGAGUUAAUCGUUAUUGAUAUGUAGGAGUUAUUUAAUGAAUAAAAUUAUUGCAAAUAAA